UUGUGUUUCCAAAUAAGAGAAAAAGCGGAUGGUGGUGAGAGUGAGAGAAGCGUGGUAUUUAGGGCUAAAAGAGGAAAGAGAUAGGGCAAGAUAAAGAUGCGAAGAAACACUUCUACAGCUCUUCUCUGAUUCCUCUCAAAUCCCUCCCUCUUUCCUCUCUCUCUGUGCACGCUUCCUUUAUCUUUCCCUCUCUUGCUCAGGUCGUUACAAAUGGCGGAACCUUCUAAAGUCAUUCAUGUUCGCAACGUAGGCCACGAAAUUUCUGAAAAUGAUUUGCUUCAACUUUUCCAGCCAUUUGGAGUGAUAACAAAGCUUGUAAUGCUCCGUGCAAAGAAUCAGGCUCUUCUCCAAAUGCAAGAUGUUCCUUCAGCCAUCAAUGCAUUGCAGUUCUACGCUAAUGUUCAACCAACUAUUAGGGGGAGGAAUGUUUAUGUUCAAUUCUCAUCACAUCAGGAACUAACAACGAUGGAUCAGAAUGCUCAAGGAAGAGGUGAUGAGCCGAAUCGAAUCCUCCUGGUUACAAUCCAUCAUAUGCUUUACCCUAUUACCGUGGAAGUGCUACACCAGGUUUUCUCACCUCAUGGAUUUGUGGAGAAGAUUGUAACAUUUCAGAAGUCGGCUGGUUUUCAAGCCCUGAUCCAGUAUCAAGGAUGCCAGAGUGCUGUCUCGGCUAGAACUUCUCUUCAGGGCCGUAAUAUUUAUGAUGGCUGCUGUCAGCUGGAUAUACAGUUUUCAAACCUAGAUGAAUUACAAGUCCAUUACAAUAAUGAUCGAUCAAGGGACUUCACAAAUCCAAAUCUUCCAACAGAACAGAAGGGCAGAUCAACACAGCAUCCUGGGUAUGGUGAUGUAGGAGGUAUGUACACCUCUGAGGCUCAUGGAGCCAGGGCAGUUGGAUUCUCGCAGAUGGCUAAUGCUGCUGCGAUUGCAGCAGCUUUUGGAGGAGGUUUGCCACCAGGAAUAAGUGGGACAAAUGAUCGGUGUACUGUGCUUGUUUCCAAUCUAAAUCCUGAUAGAAUAGAUGAGGAUAAGCUAUUCAACCUGUUCUCACUUUAUGGAAACAUUGUGAGAAUUAAACUUCUACGCAAUAAACCAGAUCAUGCUCUUGUUCAGAUGGGUGAUGGCUUCCAGGCUGAACUGGCAGUACAUUUUCUCAAGGGGGCCAUGCUAUUUGGGAAGCGACUGGAGGUCAACUUUUCAAAACAUCCAAAUAUAACCCAGGGAGCUGACACACAUGAAUACGUGAACUCAAAUCUCAACCGCUUUAAUCGCAAUGCUGCAAAGAACUACCGUUACUGCUGCUCCCCAACAAAGAUGGUUCAUCUUUCCACUUUACCCCAGGAUGUCACCGAAGAGGAAAUUGUGAAUCACUUGGCGGAACAUGGCACCAUUGUUAAUACCAAGCUUUUUGAAAUGAAUGGAAAGAAGCAAGCCCUUGUUAUGUUUGAAACCGAGGAGCAAGCUACUGAAGCCCUUGUGUCCAAGCAUGCAACUUCACUUGGUGGGUCAAUAAUCCGAAUUUCAUUCUCUCAAUUGCAGACAAUAAGAGAGAACUCACUGUAACAGUUUAUCGGUAAGGAAUUGCAAGUACUGUUAUUAAGGAUUCAUUAUUACCCAGGAUAUUUAUAUGGGGCUGUAGGUCGUUUAUCUCUCAUUUCAUUUAACAGUAUUCUAGUUGCUUUUAUGGUGCUGGAUAUUUUGUUUUUUUCCCCUUUCUUCGUAUCACUGGUGCAUGUACAGCGUACCACUUGAUUUCUUUGGGUUCCUGAAAUUUCUGGGUAGAUUUUUUUAUCAUGCAGAUGAUGGUCAGUUUUGAGGAAAAAGGGAGAGAGAACUGCAGCCGCAAUUGCAUUUUAAAGGGUCUUUGUAUCAUUGUUAUAUAUUUCUUGUAAUCCAGGCUAACUGCUCCAUUUCUGUUCGGAUCCGCGCGCCGUACGCGAAUG